GGUGGAAAGCAGGCGGCAACAUGGCGGCGGCGGGCGGUUGGCUGAGGAGCUGCGGGAAGCUGAAAAGAAAUUUACCAGCGUACUUGUCUCCUUGGAGGGCUUCUCCAUGUGUCUUUAGAUCCUCCAAAUCGGAACUCAUGCCAAAUAUAGCCAGUGAUGGAGUUGCCUGUGCUCCGCUUCAAACAUUCACUGAAGAGGAGACAAUGCUGAAAAAUAUGGUGACAAAAUUUGCUCAGGAACGAGUUACACCUUUUGUGCAAAAAAUGGAUGAGAAUUCGAAAAUGGAAGACUCUGUAAUACAGGGAUUGUUUGAACAAGGGCUGAUGAGUAUUGAGCUUGGGGAAGAAUAUGGAGGAACGGGAGCUUCGUUUUUUUCAGUCAUAUUGGUGGUAGAAGAAUUGGCCAAAGUUGACCCAGCUGUAGCUCUUCUGUGUGAACUCCAAAAUACGCUAACAAAUAGGUUGUUUACCACAUAUGGAACAGAAGAACAAAAGAGAACUUACUUGCCCAGAGUCGCUAAGGAUACAAUAGGCAGUUUCUGCCUUUCAGAGGCUGGAUCUGGCAGUGAUGCUUUUUCUUUGAAGACUCGGGCUGAAAAGCAAGGGGACUACUAUAUUAUCAACGGCUCAAAGAUGUGGAUUAGUUUAGCAGAACAUGCAGGAGUUUUCUUUGUGAUGGCAAAUACAGAUCCGUCCUUAGGACACAGGGGAAUUACGUGCUUCAUAGUAGAUCGCAACACAGAGGGACUACAUGUAGGGAAGAAGGAGGACAAGCUGGGAAUCAGAGCAUCUUCUACCUGCCCAGUAACAUUUGAAAACGUUAAGGUUCCUGAGACCAAUAUCCUGGGACAAGUUGGACAAGGCUAUAAGUAUGCAAUUGGAAUGCUAAAUACCGGCAGAAUAGGUAUUGCUGCACAGAUGUUAGGACUGGCACAGGGGUGUUUUGACCAUACGAUUCCCUAUACAAAGGAGAGAGUCCAGUUUGGGAAAAGCAUAUUCGAUUUUCAGGGGAUGCAACAUCAGAUAGCUCAGGUGGCCACGCAGCUGGAGGCGGCGAGGUUGCUGACCUACAACGCAGCUCGUCUUGCAGAAACAGGAAGGCCAUUCAUAAAGGAGGCAAGCAUGGCCAAAUACUAUGCCGCUGAGGUUGCAACACUGACAACUAGUAAAUGUAUUGAAUGGAUGGGUGGUGUUGGAUUCACAAAAAACUAUCCAAUAGAAAAGUACUAUCGUGACUGCAAGAUAGGUACAAUAUAUGAAGGAACUUCAAAUAUCCAGUUGAGCACCAUCGCAAAAAUCUUAGCACAGGAAUACUGAAACCUUAAGGACUUCAUGACUGUUAACAGAAAUUAUUUCACUGAACAUUCUUUGUGAAUUACACUUCUAUUUGUAAUUAUAAAAAUCAUAAAUAAGAAUACAUGAUCACAGACAAAAUCAUAGGAAAGACAAUGAAUUCCCCGUUUCAGGACGGUGAGUGUGUAAUUCACAUGAAAUUGUGAAUUCCACAUUCAAAUCCAAAUCAUGGGUUAAAGGUAUCUCUUUCUGCUUGAGACACUUCUAAGCUAACACAUUGGCUGAAGUUAUUUUAUUGCCUUAGGUUAUGCAGCGUGUCUCCACUUUGAGAUUUCAAAGUCAAAACAAAAGAAGCCACAUCCUUGGCUUGCCUGGCGUGAGAGGUUCUGCUAAGCCACGUGGGAGAAAGGACUCCAGUCGUGCAGCAGGGCUGUUGCUUGGCAUGAAGCUGCUGUUUGUUCGUGAUGCCCUUUAUUAGCAUGGGGUGCAGGAGAGGUAUGUGGAAAGAGAAGUGAUGGUUUCCUCUCUCCCUGGUGGAGCGAUGUCUGUGGAGCUGCUGUAAUUGGAGUAAUUUUUAUAGCAGCCCUUAGUGUGUUCUUAAGUAUAUCUUGGUAAUUAAGCCCUUCCAGCCCCAAUUUGUAGAACUGAAAGGUAGAUAAUAUCUACCUCCCUUUCCAGCCUUCUCAGCUGUUAAGGGUUUUAAUCUAAGAGGCUAUUUAUAGUUCUCCUUUCAGAAAAGGUUGAGUUGAAAUCUUUGUGAAAUGGGGUUAAAAAAGCUCUAGUAGUUCUGCAAAAAGAGAGAUAUAAGCUAGGUAAUAGGAAUGCUGUGAUACUACCUCACAGUGGCCUUUCCAUGUUCGAUGCAUUUUGCAAACUUUAAUCCUCAGAGCCUUCCUGGGAGUUAGGGAGGAACUGUUAAUUUGCAGCCUAGAAAACACUCAUGGACAUUAGUGUUUCUCUAGUGAAGUUUUUCUCCUUUUGAAAGAGAGAGAAAGAGAGGGGGGUUUUGAGAAGUAUUUGCUUUUUUAUCCUUCUCUGUUCACUUUAAAAUUAGAUAUUUUAUUUAUGGCAGAAACUUAUUCAGUGCUGGAGAACUAAUGAACUAAGAAUCAAGAGAUGGAAAGCUUAAUAUAUGAAAAAAUCAUUAUAAUUGCUGUAAUUGGCAAUUUGUUUCAAGUAUUUUCGGGAGGGAGGGAUUGGUUUUCUGGUUUUGGCUGACUUAGAAGAAUCUAAUUUUUAAAGAUUGCUAGUCACUGUUGAUUCACUUGAAGUGGAGGUUAGAAUGUUACAGGCUGAGACUCCCAAAGGAUUUUCUAGCAAAACUACAGUAAAUGAUACUUAACAAGUAUGAUUUUGUAAGAGGAGCAGACUGUAGUGCCUUAUACAAAGAAAUAAGCAUGGAGGGAAAGCACUAUUAAAAAGUUCUCUGACUUUCUGUCAGCUUCAAAGGGAAGUAACUAGUGAAUUAAUCCCCCUACACACACACACUUUGCCUGUUGAUAGGCAAAUAAUUAAUGUGAGAAUUAUCCUUAUGCCAAUAAGAAAAGCCCCUCCCAUAUCAGUUCGAUCAACAGCUUUGAGAUUUUCAAAAAUACAAGAGUAGGAGGGUAGACUAGAUGAUUCCUUAAGUUUUCUUUUAGCAUUGUUAUUAUUAACAUCAUAAUUACAAUUAUCAUUAUUAAUGCAUUUCAGGUUGUUUGCAGGCUUCCUUUUAUCUGAAUUGAAACAGCUGGGGAGAUUGUUAAGACUAGAAUUAAGACUACAGACGCGUGCAGCGGUUAACUACAGUUAUUCUGCUCAACGUAGUCUGUCUGCGAGUCCGAAAUGAUCAUAACCGUUCAACAAAAUGCUUGAGUUAACGUUGAUUAAUGUGAUGAGUUUUGCUAAUGUCAGGCAGUCCUUAGCUGCAGCAGCCUAGCGUGCUUUGCAGAGAUCAGGUUUUGAUUCAUACUUUUUAAUAGGUCUCCUGGUCUGAGGUACUAUCUUAGCUUGGCUUCUGCAGUUUUGCGUGAGGCUAGGAAGUGAGUGGCAAUACUUAACUGAUUUAAUAUAGUGCUAAAAGCAAACCCUUUAUGGAGGGAAGUGCAGAGUUCUUUGAAAUACUGUUAAGGGCUGGAUAUCCAGGAUUAUGUAAAAGGACUGUCUCUUUGUGUAGAACAGUGUCAGGUAUCCAUUUGAAAACAUACUCAGGAAAAAAUCAAAACAGUGUGAUUUCCUACAGUCCGAACUCAGAUGCCUUAGUCCAGGAAACAGUCUGAACAGCUACUCAAUGGUUCUUCUCCGAAAAGCAAGGUCAAGUCUUUAACUAUUGUUACAGCUGUAAAUAUUUCGUGUCUCUCAGUUCUAUAUGCUGCGGUCUGUACACAGUAACUUUUGAAAGAAAUAUAUGUAUUGUAUUUGAUUUUUGUCUACACAAUUCCAUGGAGCAGUAUGCAUACAAAUGAAUUAUAACCACUGAGUUUCUUUCAUUGUCAUUUUAAAAGGGCAUGUACCACUAUGGAGAGCAUUAGCUAUUCUGGUCGCUGAUUCUGGGAAGAAUUAACUUGUUUCAUCCCCCUAAGUCUAAAUUCAUUGCUGCCCUAAACGCAGAUGUUGGUUUAGUAAUAAGAUGUGCUGUGCCAUUGUCCAGGAGCUGUUAAGAGCUGCUUGCUCUCCGCACCCCAUGUCCAGUUUGGGACAGGCAUUUCUGGAUUGUCAUAAAUGGCAUUUCUACAUUAGGCACUGUGGGCGCAGGACCGCUGAUGCUGGCUGGCUGCACCUGUAGGUGUAGGGCUGCAGGGCUGGUAGUGUGAACUCCGUGAGGCUUUCUGUGCUAAUUGCAGGACUCAAAGCUGCUUUAUACUCAAUAUGUGUUUAUAUCAGUGAGUUUUCCUUUUGUAUGCCCAUAGUCAGCCCAGACAUUCUAGUCCGUUACCCUGGAACAGCAUCUUCAGUACCAAAUGCUGCACCUGGGCUUCCCCAGUUAGAAGAAGAGACCCGUAUUAGGAAUGUAUUAAAAAGUGCCUGAAUUUUAUAUUUGACUUGACUUGUGUAUCAGGUGAUGGUUCUCUAGUAAUCUGACAUGUAAAGUUUUUCCCAGAUCUUGCAAUUUUUAUACUGAGAGAGAACAACUAUAUCAUCUGUCAGGUUUCUUUAGUUUCAUUCUAGUUUGUGAUAAAGGUCUGAGGCAGGUUUCCACAGGAAGGUUUAAUCACUACUUGGGAAAUACUCAAAUACCACAUUUUAUAUGAGGUUUUCUAUGCUGUUGUUCUUUCUUCCACAUUUUCUUUUCCCCAUAUAAAGAUUGUGUUAGAAAAGACUUAUAUGAAAUAUAAAGUAAUUGUUCGUUGCGAGCCUUUUGCUAUGUAAAGAAUUUUCUAAUUAACAUGUUAUUGCAUUUUCAUUUGGAAUUCUUUUGGUGAGAGACAUAUUUCAAGUUCUUCCUACCAAGCUAUGCUCGAUUUGAAACACAGUCUGCUUUGAAAGCAGCUGUCUCGACUUUCCUGAGCUUGAUUACUGGGUACAUGAAAGCUGAAGAAAUAUUUUUCCUCAACCCCAGCAUGUAUUCACUGCACCAGUGUGAUAGAUCUCCUAAGAGAAUUACGUGAAAGUGGUUAACAGCUACCACAAAUACUUCAUAAAUAUCUACCUGUUAUGUUUUCAGUGUGCAAACUGUUGUCAGGGACACAAAUCAAGUGAGAGAUGACAGGCAGAUGAAUAUGUAUUGUAUGAUUCCCAACGACUUUGCACACAAUUUGUCAUUUUAUGUUGUGUUGAAAUACAGUCGUUGCAGGGCAUUUUGCAAGGAGUUGUCUUCUCUGAAGUGUAGCUCCUCGGUCUAGGUGCAGGUGAAGGGACAUGGCUGGAAGCCUUACUGUCCUGGAUUUGAGUGUCAUAGCGUUGUUGAUUGUACGCACAGGUGAGAGGAAGCAAGAGUUCUUUCCAAGCCCACACCAGAGACAAACAUCAGUGCAUAGUCAGUCCAGAGUUCCAGGCUGACAAACAGGAUUUACAAUCAUUAUUUCAGUUAAAUAUGCCAGGUGUAAGAUCAGUUGCUAUAACAAAGUUCAGCUUAGCAGCACUGAGGGAAUUUCUCAUUGUCUGGUACUAGAGACAUUAUUAAGCUGCUUUGAAAUCUUUGCAUUUAUUAUCCUCUAAAAAUAUUCUGUUAAUGUGCAAUAACCUUCUAAUACAUUAGGUAACUAGAACUAACCAGUGUGUUUCCUAAUAGAUUGUUUCAUAGAUCAGAGCGUUCAAAUGUUGAUUUGUAUUGGUAUAUUAAUGUUCAAAAGAACAUGCAGUGUACAAUGUAAUAUUUUUUCUGAUAAGGUAUUUUAAAAUAUAAAUCAAAAAUACCUACAGUCUCAAGAGGCAGUAAUAGCAUUUUUAUAUAUUCUGCUGUCUUUCAAGUUCAUUUGGAUUUACAUCUUUCUGAAACUUCUUCCUCUGUGUGUCUUAGUAGGUGUAGAGCUACUAAUACUGAAGGACUACACAUACAAAAAAAAUCUCAAGGUGACUUUACUGAAGAUCCUAAAGAAAAAGCACUGCCCCCCAACAGAAAACUCUCUCAAUAGACAAAUAACCAGCACUUUCAGAACUGGAUUUAUUUAAUAUACACAAUGAGAGCUGCUGAACACGCAGAAAAAUAUGUUCAUCAAACCUUUUGCAGGGAUCUCUGAAGAAAAGAAGGUUAUUAAAAGCUGUGACCACUCUCCUACAUUAAAAAAAAAAAAAAAGAUUUAAUAGUAACAGGAAAACCUAAAAUACAGCAAUAAAUCCCCAACUUUCACAUUGCUAGUUUGUGUAUUUGGGGGUCACCUAGCCAGGAAAUUAACAUAUAUGGACUGAAAUUAAAUUCUGCUCUCUAACCAGCCAGACCUGGCGGUCUUACAAUCUGUUUUAAGUGUUACACAAAGCAUUGUCACAAUUUGUGACAGUUUUAAAAACAUCUGUUGUAAAUUGCCAGAUAAGUCAGGGCUGGAGCACUUUGGGUAUGUUCAACAGAGGAGAGAAGCCAACUUGAAGACAUUGUCAGGACUCGGAAGGAGCUUGGGUUCAUCCGUAACGAUGGCUGGAGGGUCACGGUGGGAAAGGGCUCAUCAGUGGGAAGAGCUGGAACGGAGCGUUUCUGCUUGUUUGGUUUAGAGCCAGAUGCAGAUUAAGAAAUGUCUUAAUGUUUUCCAACUAGGAGAUGACUGUCUUUCCUAGUGGAGAGAGACCAAAGGGGAGAGAGUAGCUGCAAUAUGAUGGGUUCGUGUUGAGUUUGUAUUUCCUGCCUCUCUGGGUGCCCGGAGUUUGAUUGAUUUGGUAUUGAAAAGUUUCCAUUUUGGAGCCUACAGAAGGAUUCUGGCUUGGUCUCCACUUCCCAGGACACAAGAAGCUCUGAUACACCCAUCCAGAGCUGAAGUUCCCCUGGUUGAGGGGUUGUUUCCUGCCUUCUCUUAUGAACAUACAGCCAAAACUUUUAAAUAAUGUUCCAUGUCAGAGGAACAGAAUAAUUUUCUGAUCAUCCUUUUCAUCACAUUAAGUUUGCUGCAAGUGUCUUGGAUAUUUUUGGCCUGAAUUGUUUUCUAGGACAUGCUGCAAGAUUUUUCUGUUCACUAAUUUGCAUCCUAAAGAUGCAAAUUAAAUGCAAAUUUUUCAAUAUAACCAGAGCAGCCAUCGAGUUUUAAUUUGAUACUGUGUCGCUGAGUUUAUCUGCCUUUGUUUAGAUGGUACCCAAAGACAUGCUAAUUACAUUUUAGAAAGACACUAGCUUCUCUGGAUAUUUUUUGUUUUUCUGUAGGGAUACAAAAAGUAGAGAGUGUGAAAGAUGAAGAAUCCCAGAAGCUGCAAAGGUUAUGGUAAAAAGUAUUAGCUGCUAUAACUUCAUUUGUGGUGUCACUGUAUCAUGCACCCAACACUAGCUAAAGGACCAACUGAAGUAAAAAAGCCAACUUUGAAAUUAUACUAAUUUGCAGGUACAACAUUUUCCUUUUUUUUUUUUUUUUUUUUUUGCAUUUUAUCUCAUAGGGAACAGCUUUGUGUCAACUCUGACCUAAAAAUAACCACGGAAUAAUUCAGAAAUUAAAGUUAAGGUUCUAGAAAUAUAGUUAAAUACUGAAAAGCUCCAUUGAACUUGUUUUGUUAAUGGAGCUGUUGAAGAUACAGUCAGUAUGGAGCAAAUGUGUUUUAGUGCAAAAGCUGAUGCUGUUUGUUUUAGAAAAGAAAAUGUUCCUGAGAUGGAGGAUGUUUACACACCAAAUGCAGCAUUUGCUCCAAUUGUUCCCAUAAGAAUUGAGGCAAAGCACUUUUUUCAGCUCAGGUACUUUUUGAACUUUGAAAAUGUUUUAUGACUCCCUAUUAUGUACUAGAAGAUGGUUAUAUGAUAUGAAGGCUGUAUUUACGUUCAUAGUCUUGUUUUCCCCAUGUUCAGAGAAAAAUUCCUUAUGUUCCACUGUAUGAUUUUUACAAAACACAAACUGUUAUGCUUCCUUCUUGAAUUCCAAAUUACUCAUGUCUUCUCAAUAUCCAUCCAAUCAUGCUUUAAAAAGAAAAUAAUUUUCUCAGUUUAUUUGUAGGAAUGUCUACAUUUGAUUGAUAUAGCAGGUUACUUUGAUUGUUUCUGGAAUAAUAAAAGCUAGAUUCAGCAAGCUAUUUGUCACAAAGUA